CGGGAGCGGAGACGAUUCCUUCAACGGCCUGUCCAGCCGUGUCUCCCACUGUCCGCUGACGCCGUCUCUGUCUCCGCGGAAACGCACCACGAGCCAGUCUAAGACGGAACCUCCUCUGCUGAGGACCAACAAGAGGACCAUCUACACCGCAGGCAGACCGCCGUGGUACAACGUCACCGGGACCACCUUCAAAGAGGCCUUCGUCAUCGGUCUUUGUGGGGGAAGCGCCUCUGGGAAAACCACCGUGGCCAAUAAGAUCAUCGAAGCGCUGGACGUUCCCUGGGUGGUUCUGCUGUCGAUGGACUCGUUUUACAAGGUUCUGAAUAAAGAAGAACAGGACCUGGCUGCUAAAAACGAGUAUAACUUCGAUCACCCCGACGCCUURGACUUCGAGCUGCUCGUCACCGUCCUCAGGAAGCUGAAGAAAGGCAAAAGCAUCAAAGUGCCCGUUUAUGACUUCACCUCUCACAGCCGGCGCAAAGAAUGGAAAACAGUUUAUGGAGCCAAUGUGGUCAUCUUUGAGGGCAUCUUAGCUUUUGCCAACAAGGAGCUGCUGAAGCUUCUGGACAUGAAGGUGUUUGUGGAAACGGAUUCGGACAUCCGUCUGAUCCGGAGGUUGAAGAGGGACGUCUCGCAGCGAGGACGGGACAUUAACGGCAUCAUCAAACAGUACAACAAGUUUGUGAAACCAGCGUUUGAGCAGUACAUCGAGCCCACGGUGCAAGUUGCUGAUAUAGUGGUGCCUAAAGGUGGAGAAAACUUUGUAGCUUUAGAUCUGAUCGUUCAGCARGUUCACAGUCAGCUGGAGAAGAGGAAGCUCAGCUGGAAUAUAUCAGCUCUGGCCUCGGCUCACCAGGGUCAGCCCCUGCCCAAGACCCUCAGUGUGAUGGAGAGCACGCCACAGGUGCGCGGGAUGCACACCAUCAUCAGGAACAAGGAGACGAACCGGGACGAGUUCAUCUUUUACUCCAAGAGAUUAAUGAGGCUGCUGAUAGAACAUGCCCUCUCCUUCCUUCCUCUCAAG